AUGGAAUCAGGUGAAAACAACAUGGGCUCGAAUGAUGGACCAAACAGCAAAGCUAGCUUGGCUGCGAGGCAACGCUUACGGUGGACAGAUGAGUUGCAUGAACAAUUUGUGGAGGCUGUUACUCAACUUGGCGGUCCUGAUAGAGCAACUCCUAAAGGAGUUUUGAGAAUUAUGGGUACACCAGGAUUAACAAUAUACCAUGUGAAAAGUCACUUGCAGAAAUACAGGCUAGCAAAGUACAUUCCUGACUCUUCAGCUGAUGGUAACAAGGCUGAUAACAAAGAUCCAGGGGAUUCGCUAGCAGGACUUGAUGGAUCCUCUGGAAUGCAGAUAUCUGAAGCCCUGAAGCUGCAGAUGGAGGUCCAAAAGCGGUUGCAUGAACAGCUUGAAGUACAAAGGCAGCUGCAGCUGCGAAUCGAGGCACAGGGAAAGUACCUUAAGAAAAUCAUAGAAGAGCAGCAGCGUUUCGGUGGCGGUGGUAUAAAGUCUGAAACACCUGGUGCAGGAGCUACUGUCACAGCGUCGAGCGAUCAGUUCCCCGACUCUGAGAGGACAGACCCCUCAACUCCUGCACCCACAUCUGAAUCUGCAUCUCAAGGUGCAGCUUUCAAAAGAGACAGUGGAAGCCAGACUGAAGCAAUCAAGAGCCCAUGUCACGAUGAACCGCUGCUAACAGCAGAUUCCAACUGUCAUCCCGGUUCUCCUACUCUCAGUCCGAAGCACGAGAGGGCAGCAAAGAGGCAGCGAGGCAGCGAGGCUGAAUUCCCGGAGGCCGAGUUAUCCCUUCCGCAGCAUAUCUUCGAGUCGAGCUCGGGGCCGGAGUUCCAGCAAUGUGCGGUGCCCUACUACUCGGGUCAUUAG